UCUGAAGUUACACUUGAAUGCCUCUGGUGAGCCGAUCUGGACGUGAUGAGAAGAAUGAAGAGAAUGACAGUUAGGAAUACAGUUAGAAAAUUUAGUUUUAUAUGAAAAGGAGCCGCCGCAAACCAACUCAGCCUUAGUUACCAGCCAUUGUCCUCGGUCUCCAACAACAUGAAGGCAGAGGACAAACUUCAGAUCCUGGAAUUCCUUUUGAUGCUGGUCAACUCCUUGUUUGUGUUACGUACAGAUAAGCCAACUGAAGCCAGUGGAGGAAUCUAAAGUGACAUCUGGUCAAUGGCAGAAACGUUUGCACUGACUGCGUUUCAGAAUGUUGGGCUAAUAUGGCUUUUAUUAGUUUUAUGGUUUAUGGUUCUGCCAAUUAGACGUCAAUUUAAAAACAUACUGCACAUUUUUCCUCAUUACUGGACACAUAAUAUACAUCAAUAUUCUCCACAGAUCAUCGGUAUCAGCCUUUUUGGAUGUUCUACAUGGAUCUUAUUUGACAAAAGCAACUUUAUAACUGUUUUAAACAACGAAGAUGUCAAGGUGGUGGCUGGAGGGCUCUUUGUUAUCGGCCUGGUGGUCUUGGCUGUCUCCAUGUUGGGCUACUUUGGCUCUUACUUAGAAAACAGAUGUUUAAUAGCAUUCUACAUGGGCUUCUUAAUUGCCAUUAUUUUGGGUCAAGUUUUCAUCACCUUCCUUCUGCUGCUAAGAAGGAAUCGGAUGGAAGUGGUUUUGAAUGAGACUAUAGAUGGCUGGAUCACUGAGUACGGCCCAAACAGCACACAAACAAUACGGCGGCUUCUGGACGGCGUGCAGCAGUCUGCGAAAUGCUGUGGCAGACAGAACAUCAGCGACUGGCAGACAAACAUACUUAUUCAGAAUUAUUCGGACCCGAAUACAGAACACAUUUACCCGUGCUCCUGCUUCAAUGGUAGCUGCCCCGCAAUCCCAACCGAUGAGAUGUACCUGUUUGGAAAGAGUUCGGAAUCUACUGAAAUCUACGUGACGGGCUGUGGAAAGAAAAUAGAUGACUGGCUCCAGAUGAAUAUACUUGUGAUAGUGGGCAUGGACAUUGGACUCCUGGUCAUUCAGAUUCUGCAGUUUGCCUUGGGAGUUCACAUCUACCAGAACAUUGGUAUUAAGAUUAAAGCUCAACACUCCAAGAAGCUCCUGGAGGACAACGCUGCACCAGAACCUCACCUUCAUCACAGUGAUCAGUCUGGCAGUCACACUUAUGACCAGCAGCCUCCGACUACUAACAAUCAGGAAUAUGCUGGACAGAUUUAUCCAUAUGAUCAACAGAACCAACACUAUCAUGACCCCCAGGCCAGUGGCCACCCCUGUGACCAGCAACAUAAUGCGUAUGCUCCAGUUGAUUCUGGACAAGUUUAUGAUCAGCAUCAGUACCAACAUUACAAAUGCCACCUUGACCCAGAAUCCACCGGUCACAUCUAUGACCACAGACAAGACAAUGCUUAUGACCAAGAAUACACUGGUCAGAGUUCUGACCGGUAUGCAGAUCAAUAUAACCAAUUUGGCAAUGAUCAGUACUCCCCACAGGCCUAUAGCGGCAAUUAUAACCAAGGUUACGUUCAGGAUUAUGACUCCAGGAAUAACUAUGACUGUUACUAGUUAUAAACCCUGAGGCUUAUUCUAUAAGCUCUGAUCAAGUUGUUAAUUUGAGAAAUGCCAAAUUGAUUACUUUAUUGUUUUAUGACAUUUUGUGCUCAAUCACCAUAAAUCAUCAGCUCAUGGCAUUUUAGUUAUCUUGGAAGAGGUCCAGGAUCGCACCUGUCAUUCCAGUUCACUCAGAUCUCUCAUACAAGGUAGGCAAUAGGAGAUCCUUCAGAAACACACGUAGAACCGCCUGAAACAGGUUCAUGCAUCAAGGUGCAGAAUACAAAAAUAACAGGAGAAAUCUUCUUUAACUCAUUCCUUUAUUUUCUCUAUAUAACAACAAGUCAUUAGUUUACACAUACUGUAAUAGCUUGAUGAUAGAAAGUACAUAAAUCUGGUAAUUAGUGGGGUAAAAAAACAGUUCAGGCAGCACUUUGGAUCCAGCUUGAAAGUAUCUUAAAGGGGAACUGCGCUGUUUUUUUAUGUCUACAAAAAUAGUUAAGAUGUAAACCAAGUUAUUCAGGGUGGUUUAACGUGAAACACUCUGUUCUAGACAAAGGUACAGAGUCAGGAUUGUUCACACUGGUGGUGACUGGAACCAGAUGCCCAUCUUUUCAAGCACUCCACCUCAGGUGGAGAGAUACAUUCAAAAUACUCCUCAAAGAAAACUUUUUUAGCAUUGCAUGCAUAUUCACUACCAUGAACCAUAUUAUAUUAAACCAGUCUGAAUGGUUUUGUUUACAUCUCAGUGAUUUAUGUAGUAAUUUUGGUGGAAUUUCCUGUUUUAAAGGAAACCUCCCGCUUUAAAAGGUAGUUUGCUAAACAAUGAAUAAAACUACAGAGAAUAACCUUCUAUGGAUGCACAGCUAUGGACAUUAAAAUGAAUUUUACAGUAAAACACAAUCGGUAAGAUAAAUACUGUAGAAAGUCAAGUUUCACAGAAAAUAAAUACUGUCCAUUGUGAAAGUUAAAGUAGAUACAGUUGAUAAUGGUUGAUACAAAAAAGUCAAAUGUGCCACACAACUGUCAAGUUUACACCUUCUCCACUUCUACUGGGAGUGAAUAAAUAAAUGGAACUUCAGCCACCAAAAA